AUGGGUAAUGUCGAAGAUGAUGAUUUUGAAUUACCAGAAAAUUGGCCUGAAUAUGAUUUUCACCGAAAGAAAAGUUGUGUUCUUAGUCGAAUAUUUUCAACAUGUGUAACAAAAGCUAUCAAUCAUCUUGAAUUAGUUCAAAAUGCUAUUGAACGAAAAGAUGCAGAAACAAAAAAAGGAACAGUCAAACGAGAAGUAUCAUUUAAUCAAAUGCCAUCAUCAACAGAACAACUUGAAAUUGUUGGUCGAGGUGGUCAUAUUACUGAUCAACAUCCACAUCAUGAUAUACUUGAAGAUGAAAUACUUGAUGAAGUAUUACUACUUUUGGCUCGACUCGAUCGAGAACGUUUACGUUUAAUUAAUUUAUGUGUACAUGAACAACAAAGUCGAGAAAGAUUGAAAGAAAAUAUUGAUCAUUGGCGAUUAAAACGAUUACAUGAUUUACCUUUAGCUGUACAAAAAGGUUCGAAAAAAUCUUUUUCAAGAUGCAAUUCAACUAGACGUUUAUUCUUCUUUUCUUUUUUCUUAGAACACGAUGCUUGCAUAACUGAUAUUACAGAACUUCAAUGGCAUAUUGCUUAUAAUGCUCGAUUAGCUGAAAAAGUAUUUGCAAAAAUUGAUCUAUCUCGAACAUGGCAUCGACAACUUGAAAUUGAAGUUAAUGAUAUUCGUCAAACAAUUCCAUUAAUAACUGAAAAAGUUCAAACAGAAUUAACUGAAAUAGCAAAAGUUGAUGAAGCAUUAAAAGAAACUGAACAUGAAUUAAUGUUAAGUCGAGCAAAAAAUGCUGAUACAUUAGAUAAAUGUACACGAGCUAAUCAACGUGCUGGAACUGAACGGGAUGAAAUUCGUGGUGAAAUUGAUAAAGCACUAAAAGGCCUUCAACGAAUAACAACUAAAUUACAAGCAUCAAUUGAUCAACAUAAAGCUUAUCAAAAAACAAUACAUGAUGCAAAAGUAACAGUUAAAAAAAAUGAUCGAGCUUAUGAAGAAGAAGUUAAAAAACGAGAUACUGCACGUGCUGAUAUAGCAAGUAAUAAGUUGAAAACUACAGCACACGAUCUUGAAGCAACAUUCAAUCAUAUCACAACUCAAACAAAUUAUAUGAAAAAACACAUAGUUGAAAUGGAUGAAUCUCGUGCUAUGAUGGAAACAUUAACAGUUAAAAUUCGCGGUGAAAUUCAAACAGCUGAAGCAGAUUUAGCACAUGAAAAUUAUAAUUUUGGUUUAGUUCAAGCCGGUGAACAAGAAGUUGUACGAGUUUUACAACAAUGUUUACAACGCCAAUCAACUACUGAUUCAUUAAAUAAACAAUUAUUUCAGGAACGUUCGAAUUAUUUAUCUGAUAAAAAAAUAUGUAUUGAAAAAGCUCUUUUACUUAAUACACAAUUGGCGAGUACUUAUCGAAAAACAUUAUAUACAUAUUAUGAAAUAAAAACUCGUUUAAUGGGAAAAUUAGAACAACGACUUGACGCUGUUGCUCGAGUAAAAGAUACAAGACAAUUAAUUGAAUUACAAGCACGACUUCAUGAUGCAUUAAAUUUUUAUUUUGGAAUUAAGAACGAAUAUGUUGAACAACGACUUGAUCAUUUAAAUCGAGAAAGUCAUCAAAAUGGUUUACAAUUAUCACAAGUACAAGAAACAAUUCAAUCUGCUGUUGAUCAUAUAACUAAAUUUCUUGUUGAUCAAGUCGAUUUUGAAGCUGUACAUCGUGAUGCUAUGCUCAAAGUACACAGGGAAGAAUUACAAGAACAACAAAAAGUGCCUGUAUAA